AUGGCAACUCAAUCAUUUGUCUGGGCAUGGUUUCAUGUUGAAGACAAAAGUGACUCUGCAGCACAAUGCCUAAUAUGUGAAAAGAAGAUCAAGAGAGGCCGUGAUGGAAAAGGACAAAAAAGUUUUAGCACAUCCCCUCUCCAUACACACAUGAAGACACACCACCAAGAAGAGUACAAAAAGGGAAAAAAAGAAUCGGAAUUGGUGUCACCGGCAACGUAUUCCAUUCAACCUAAAGAAAAGAAGAUAGUUGCUAUGAAAAAGCAGCUUUCAAUAGAAGAUAGCUUGACGUCUAAGAAAAUAUGGGACAUCAACGAUAGCCGCUCAAGAGCCAUCCAUAAGAAAAUAAUAAAGAUGAUGGCUGUGGAUAAUCAACCAUUUUCUAUGGUAGAAGAUGACGGAUUCAUAGAUUUAAUGGCACAUCUUCGGCCUCACUAUUUGCUUCCCAGCCGACGAUAUUUUGCAGAUAAAAUGCUCCUAGAAGUAUAUAAAGAACUAAGAACCAUUGUUCAAGAUGAACUAGCUGAACCCGAUGGAGACUAUAUCUCUUUUACUUCAGAUAUUUGGACGUGCUCUGUUUCCAAGGAAACUUUUAUUUCCUUGUCCGGACACUGGGUGAAGAAAGAUUUCAAGCGUGUUAAUGCAGUUCUUUGUGGAUCUCACUUCCCAGGGUCGCACACCGGGAUUAACAUUGUUGAGAUGUUCCAAAACAUGUGGGAUGAUUGGGGUAUCCAGGAAGUUCGUUGGAAUCUGCUUGUUCGAGAUGGAGCAGCAAAUAUGAGUUUGGGUGGUGAUUUGGCUGACAUCAAUUCAAUUCAUUGCACAGUUCAUCGACUUCAGUAG